AUGCCCCCAAGAAAUACCUAUGAAAAAGGUAAUCCGAAACGCCAAAAUAGUCCAUAUUAUAAGCCAAGUUUCUUACGGCGUGAAGAAACUACCAAUGAUGAGGAGAAGUUUCAGGGCCAUGGUCUGAAAACCGAACUUCACUCAGCGUUAAAGUCUUCAAAUUUGAAUCUUAUCCGAAGAACUUAUCAAACUGGUGAAAAUCCCUAUCUUAGUGAUCCACACGAUCGAGGCUCAUCGAGCAGAUUUAACAGGCGUUAUGAACGGGGUCUGAAGUUUUACCAAAAGGGAGAAAUCAGUAAAAGAAUUGCCCAAGAAAGAACAUUACAAAAACAGCAGGAGGAGGAAGAAUUAAAAAGAAAGUUAAAACAAGAAGAAGACGAGAAAGAUAAAAGAAAAUUAAUUGAGUCAGGUGAUUUACCCAAUUUAGAGUUACAUGAGGAUAAGUUCCUAUUAGAUUUGUCAAAGUUCAAGAUAUACUAUGAUAAUAAUCAUGGCUAUGAAUGGUGGGACACGGCUUAUUUAGAUGAAAAGGGUGAGUUGAUGGAAAAAUAUGACAUGAAUGGCACAUCGCCUGCCGAAGAAAAGCUAGCAGAAGAUAUUGAUGAAGUAGACGAUGAUGAUGAUGAUGAGCACCCAUCUAUAAGAUAUGUAGCACAUCCCUUACCUGAAAAGAUCAACGAGGCAAAAGUAUCAAUCAAAGCAUAUCUAACGCAACAUGAAAGGAAAAGAUUAAGGAGAAAUAGAAGGAAAAUGGCAAGAGAAGCACGGGAGAUAAAAAUUAAGUUAGGACUAUUACCUAAGCCUGAACCGAAAGUUAAACUAAGCAACAUGAUGAGUGUUUUCGAGAAUGAUCAAAACAUAACGGACCCAACUGCCUGGGAAAAAGUAGUGAAAGACCAAGUGGACCUCAGGAAGAGAAAACAUCUGGAAGAAAACGAAAGAAGACAUGAAGAUGCUAUUAAAAGAAGGAAAGAAGCAGUCAAUAUGAACGUUGAAAAGCCGACAGUAUACCAUUGUAAGGUGUUCCAGUUCAAAAACUUACAGAACCCAAAAAUAAGAUUCAAGUUGAAAAUGAAUAGUAAAGAACUAUCACUAAAGGGUUUAUGCCUCCGUAUACGUGAUGACGGACCAGGAAUAAUUAUAGUCGUGGGUAACGAAAAAUCAUGCAAAUUUUAUGAGAAUUUGGUGAUGAAGAGGAUAAAAUGGAAUGAAGAUUUUGAGUUGCACACAAACACUGGGGAUAUAAAAAUGGACAUGCAUAAUAAUUCAAUAUCAAAAACUUGGGAAGGCUAUUUACAAGAUUGUAAAUUCAAAGGCUGGUUUAUGAAAGUAUGCAAUGAUCAGGAUUCUUUAUUACGUACGCUGGGUCAGUUUGAUUCAGAGCAUUUUUAUUCACCUGUUCAAACGUGA